AUGCUGUAUUAUGUAAAAGACAUCCCAGCUACCUUGAAAUUCUUCCAUAGUCUCUUAGGUGCCAAUGCUAAGAUUCUUAUUACUGUUGUGUCAGGAACCAGUGGCUGGGACAAGCUGUGGAAAAAGUACAGAUCCCGCUUCCCCCAGAAUGACCUCUGCCAAUAUGUCACAUCGUCCGACCUCACUCAGAUGCUUGACAACCUGGGGUUGAAGUAUAAGUGUCAUGACCUUCUGUCCGUCAUGGACAUAUCUGACUGCUUUAUUGAUGGUAAUGAAAAUGGAGACCUGCUUUGGGACUUUUUGACUGAAACCUGCAACUUUAACUCAACAGCACCACCUGAUCUCAAAGCAGAAAUUCUGAAAGAUCUACAAGAGCCUGAAUUUAGUAUUAAGAAAGAGGGGAAGGUUCUUUUUAAUAAUACUCUGAGUUUCAUAGUGGUGGAGGCAUAACUAUCAAUCAUUUAAGACUGUCUUCAAAAAUUAAAUUUUGAACAAUGUUGAUUAUUCAUUUCCAUGUUAAAAUUACAGAACAUCUCAAUGCAGGUAAAGCAUUGUUUCUUAUAUAGGAAAUCUAGAAAAUUCCAAAACAUUCUAGACUUACAUGUAGAAUCAUAUGAGAAUAUGGGAUAUUGCUAGUCUUAUGUUGUCCCUCCUUCAAGUAGAGAGACCGCAUAUAGGCUGAACACCACAUAAGCUGGAAAAAUGAGGAAACUGAAUUUCACUGACUUAAUGACAAUAAAAUCCUUUACAUUUGCUGAUUGUCUGGA